AUGGGUGUCUGUUGGAGUGAUUCGGAGGAAUCCAGUACGAAAAAACGGCCUCGUUCGAGAGUGGUCCCUGAAUUAACGCUGCAACCUCGAGGCAGGACGAGCCCUGAGGAGCGUGCUCAGGGAAACGUUCGCUCCGCAGCCGCAGCUACAACCUUCGUACUGCAUAGCGUGAGCCGGAACGCACUUUCCACUUCGCAGCACGAGCAGCACGAGCAGCAACCGCAGCAACCGCAGCAACCGCAGCAACAGCAGCUAUGGGGACACCCGCUAAAGCCCAAGGCGGCAGAGACCAUCUUCAACCUUCCGUCUUGCGACUUGGUGCGAUUUCUUGGCCAGGGGAUGCUCGGUACCGUGGUAUUGGUGCGCGAACGCGCGACUGGCAAGUUCUAUGCCGUCAAAGUCAUGUCGCUGCAACGUGUGCGGCAACGCGGGCAGGAACGCAACGUCCAGCUGGAACUUGAAAUAGUGCGCAACUGCGGGGCACACCCAUUUAUCGUGAAAGUCGAGGCCGGGUACCAGACUCGCCAGGCGCUGGUGCUGGUGCUCGAGUAUGUCAGCGGAGGCGACAUGUACAACCUACUAGAGCGCUACCGAUGCAUUCCAGAGGACGCACUUCGUUUCUAUGUCGCUGAGUUAGCGCUGGCACUCGGGCAUUUGCAUGCGCGCGGUUAUGUCUGCCGCGACCUCAAAGUGGAGAAUGUACUUAUCGAUAGCCGAGGUCAUGUGCGUCUAACGGACUUUGGCUUGGCAGGUCGCGAUGCCGACGGCUGCACUGAUCGCAGUGGCACACCGAUCUACCAGGCACCAGAGGUGCUGCGAGGCGAACGCCAUGGCCGUCAAGUCGACUGGUGGGCACUCGGCAUUCUCGCCUACUUCUUGCUGGCAGGUACACCGCCCUAUUACGCGCCAACCGAGCGGGAGGUCUAUCGCAUGAUUCUGGACGAACGCUCCGAGCCAGCGUGGCAAGGUGGUUACAUGACCGGGGCCAGUGCGGUAUGCAAGGAUUUCCUGCGUCGUCUUAUGGAUCGAAAUCCGCGGACUAGGCUCGGCAGCGGGGCCAGCGGCACAGCUGACGACGUCGACGAGGUCUUGGCACAUCCGUUCUUCUCUGGGGUCUCUCGACGGUGGCUCACGGAACGCGGGAAUGUGUCACCCACACUGCUUAGUAUGAUGAGGGACGAUGAUCAGCCUGGCAUUGAUGUGGAUAAAUUCUUACGAUAUCAAGUGGUUCCACCGCUGGAGCCGGCAAAGCAACCAGCAGCGGAUUUUGAACCUGUAGAUGAGGAUGUUCUACGAGCGGAUGAGAAUUUGUACGCUGCGCUGACGGGUGAUAAUCGCCCCCAGGCCCAGCAUCUUGCCAAUAUGGUUCAAACCUCCACUGAAUCGAUGGCUAGGGCGAAGCUGACCACUGAGAACGCGUUCGUUCCCGGUUACAAGGUGUAUUUCUGGGGGGAGCACCAUGGCGAUGUGGUCGCCAACAGAGCGACCCGCCGCAGCCCAUGGAGGUCGGGGUCCAGGCACGGGUUGGGACGACGCUCACCUCUAGCUCACGCAAGAGCCAGUGAAGUUGCUGUGCCACCUCUCGCCGUCCAGCGGACAUACUCGAUGCCUGCCUGGAUUGGAACAGUUGACCAGGACAGGGCCGAGCGGUCUCCGACGGAGCGUCGCCCGUAUAGCGGUCGCACCGAUCAGAACAGCGCCGUUGCUCAGGCGUUCGGAAUCACAUCCACGACUGGCAGCAGUAUUCAGCGUCACCGAGAGCAUGACUUGAAAGCAUUUCGUUCAGCGAAGACGCUCGGAAAGCUGUGGAUGCGACUGGGUAGGCAGCAACGCUUGGCGAUCCGCUCUGACGGAGAUGCGGAAGAGUUGGUGCUACCCACGUCCGUAUCCAGCUCUGACGUUAGCGCUAUGCAUGGAAACGUGGAUAACGACGCAGACGAGGAGUCGAGUGGCAUAUGGGAAAUUUCGGAGGCACAGGAGACGCCCCAUGCGGGCGCGAGUCGAUCACGUACUUCGAUCGGCUUGAAUUUUAGCCGCACCCGUCAGUAUCUCUUCGAGCGGACCUGGACGGGCACCGAUGAUGACGAAGGUCGCGUCUACCGCCUAGCGGGGUAG